AUGACUGUAUUAGUAGAAUCAAACCAAAGCAAUCAACAAUACAAAAAUGAAAUUGAUGCCAAAAUUUUCAAAGUUUUAGUAGCAUUUUCACAAAAUAUAGAAAAAUCUUUAAUAAAUAACCAGGACAUAUUACAUCAAGCAGAAAAUACACUAGGCAAUAGAAUAAACUAUCAAGCUCAAGCUAUAGAUUCAUCACAACUUGAUCCAAGUAAUAUAGGUUUAUAUACUGUUCAAUUGGUUAGAAAUGUUAUUAAAAGAUCAAACGAUUUAUCUGAAGAAUUUAAAUUAUUUGUUUCCGAACAACUCGAAAAAGAGAAACAAUAUAAAAAUGAAAUUCAAUAUUUAAAGUCAAGAGUUGACCAAUUACAAAAACAACAACCAGUAGUUUCAAUUCAACAACAACAACAACAGCAACAACAAUCAUCACAACAAUCAUCAACUGUUUCAACUCCACCAGCAUCUGAAGCUAAUAAUAAAAUAAUAGAAGAAAAAUUAGAAAACAUUUCAUUAGAUGAUGAUUCCAGUAGUACCGCAACUACCAGUCCAAAUAGCUCAAAUAUCGACAUUCAAAAUAAAAAAUUAUCAAAUGUUCAACAACAAUCCUCAUCACCAGGCGGCAGCAAUUUAUCAGUUUCAUCACAACACUUAGAUUGGGAUACCAAAUACCAAACUGAAUUACAAUUGAAUGCAAUGUUAUCAGAAUUUUUAAAAGACGAUUUUGAAAUUUCAAACAGUCUUGGUGUAUCUGUCGAUGAGGUUUCAUCAACCUCCUCACCUGCCAUCUCAACCACAACCACCAAUGGUUUAGGUUCAAGCGGUUCAUUCUCUCCAUCAAAUACUUCUCCAGGUCUUAAUCAUUCAAACUCAUCAUUAUCUAUAGAAAACCAAAAUAUUACUCCAUCCCAAAAGAAAGCCAUGUUAACUGAUUUAUUAGAUCAAAUUGAUUUAGAUAACGCCGGCGCUGCCAAUUCUCCAAACAAUACACCAUCAAAACAAAAGAAGGGCAAAUUUAAAUUCUUUUAA